CUGUGCAAAUGAAUUCCUGAACCCAAAAGAGAAUUGAUUUUGAGUGAGGUGCCGCUGCUUUGAUAAAAAAAAAUUGCCCCCAGGAAAGCCAGCAAGAUCUCCUAUACCAGUUGGGGGGCGGGGAGAGGAUAAAAAUUAGUCAGCUGCUCCAGACAAUACAAGAAGGUUGGAAAGAAAAGAUUUAUCCAAUAGGAAAGAGCUGUAUCUCUUUUGAAAAACCAAGGAUGCACUGGAAGACUGUGUUGGUGCUCUUGUUAUAUUACAAUGCUCAUGCCACUGUACCGCCCAGGUGGAACCGAGCAAUGCUUUUUCCAUCUGCUCAACGAGUGAAGAGGUCCUCCGCCACUCUUCUCAACCCCAUCCUUCAGAAAUCUCAGGAAGACGUGGACCUUCUAUUCGAGUUUCUAACAGAGCUGGAAAUCAACAAAGAUCUGAAGAUCUCUGUCAGAGACCAGGAACUGGCUUCCAUGAGGGUGGCAGAGGCAUUUGACACCCUUUGCAAUGAUGUUAUCCCCAAAAGCAUCACGGACAUUCGCAGGCUGAAUGCCAGGCUUUCAGGCUACCCUGGGAUGCUAAAAAAGGAAGAUUUUGAAAGGACGAUGUUAACUAUGGUCUACACAGCAUAUCGGGCUGCUCAGUCCCAAGGACACCAGAAAGACACCUGGACUGAAACCUUUGUCAAUCUCUACAAGGUCCUGAAGCAUGACUUGAUGUUCCCAUCUAGCCAAACACCAUCUUCUCAAAGGACUUUAUAGAUCGGAAAUUCAUUCUCAUAGCAGUGCACAUCAGUCUCUUUGCUGUGUAAAAAAGAAAGUGUUUUUAAGGCCCUACAGGCAGGGAGACUUUCUUUAUUCUCUAGCUCCUCCUAGAGGAUACCUGUAGUAACAUCUUUUCUAUAAGAAAAACUGGUUGGGUUCAUUCCUACUAAAGCUAAAGGCAGACAAGACUUCCCUGGUCAGCAUCUAAGUUUUGCCAAUGGGCCACUUAGUGAAGAAUAAUGAAGCAAGGCCACGAAUCAAGAAGCCUGAAAACCGGUUCUGUUGCACUUGCUGUCCUUCCUCUUUCUCAACCUCUGUCAUGUUUAUUGUGCCUGUUAGAGGGGAGCAGUAGCUUUUUCUGCAGGAAAUAUUCCACUAAGCUGACAACCCUGUAUGAACUCAUAUUUUCUGUCUGUUACCAUUCCUGGUCAAAUGGGUUUCACUGGUUUUGUAUUGUUUCAAAAAGCUGGGGACUCUGAUAGACCAGAAAUAACUGUGA